GUGACGUCUUUAGAGCUGACCCCAGUAGGUCCCAAGGAUCUGUACCAGGACAUAGUCAUGAUGGAGGAUCACCGGCCCCUCACAUCACAAGAUGGAGUCAUUGAUAGAAAUCCACCCGAGAGGUGUCCCCGUCCUCUGUAUUCCCAGGACCGUCCAGAGGGAAAUGUCCCAGAGAAGCAUCAGGGUGGAAAUCUGAUUGUUAUUAAGGUUGAGGUUAAAGAUGAAGAAGAGGAGGAGGACGAGAUGGACGUGUGGGCCGAUCAGCAGUAUGGAGUCACUGAUCCACCCGAGAGGUGUCCCCGCCCUCUGUAUUCCCAGGACUAUCCAGAGGGAAAUGUCCCAGAGAAGCAUCAGGGGGGAGAUCUGACUAAUAAUAAAGUGGAGGAUGAAGAAGAGAGGAUGAGGAGCCAUCACCCGUGUAUGAGGGAAGUGAAGGAGGAAAUUCCAGGAGGUGUUACCCCAGAAAAUCCCAUGAACUCUGAAGAGAACGUCAUAAUAUUACCAUAUUAUAAAGAGGAAGAUGAAGAUAUUAUAGAGCACUCUGCAGGAGAAGACCCCCUUACUCACCCACGAGAGAAACCAUAUACAUGUUCAGAAUGUGGGAAAUGUUUUACACACAAAACAAAUCUCAGUAAGCAUAAGCGGAAACACAUAGGAGAGAAACCGUAUUCAUGUUCAGAAUGUGGAAAAUGCUUUACAUAUAAAUCAGAUCUUGUUACACAUAAGAAAAGUCACACAGGAGCGAAGCCGCAUUCAUGUACAGAAUGUGGGAAAUGUUUUACAAUAAAAUCAAGUCUUGCUCGACAUGAGAGAAGUCACACAGGGGAGAAGCCGUAUACAUGCUCAGAAUGUGGGAAAUGUUUUACACAAAAAUUCAAUCUUGCUCAACAUGAGAGAAUUCACACAGGUGAAAAGCAAUAUUCAUGUUCAGCAUGUGGUAAAUGCUUUAAACGUAAAUCGUAUCUUAUUAUACAUGAGAGAAUUCACACAGGAGAGAAGCCGUAUUCAUGUUCGGAAUGUGGGAAAGGUUUUACUAGUAAAUCACAUCUCGUUGCACAUGAGAGAAGCCACACAGGAGAGAAGCCAUAUUCAUGUUCAGAAUGUGGGAAAUGUUUUACAAGGCAUUCGCAACUUGUUACACAUGAGAGAAGUCACUCAGGGGAGAGGUCAUAUUCAUGUUCGGAAUGUGGGAAAUGUUUUACUAGUAAAUCAAAGUUUGUUAUACAUGAGAGAAGUCACACAGGGGAGCAACUGUAUACGUGUUCAGAAUGUGGUAUAUGCUUGGCAUAUAAAUCACAGCUUGUUGCACAUGAGAAAAUUCACACAGGAGAAAAUGCAUUUUCAUGUUCAGAAUGUGGGAAAUAUUUUAUUUGUAAAUCAGCUCUCAUUAUACAUGAAAGAACUCACACCGGCGAGAAGCCAUUUCCAUGUUCAGAAUGUGGUAAAUGUUUUACAAGUAAAUCACAGCUUGUUACACAUGAGAGAAGUCACACAGGGGAGAAGCCAUAUUUAUGUUCAGAAUGUGGGAAAUGUUUUUCAAGUAAAUCAGAUCUGGUUAAACAUAGAAGAAGUCACACAGGAGAGAAGCCAUAUUCAUGUUCAGAAUGUGGGAAAUGUUUUGCAAGUAAAUCAGAGCUUGUAAGACAUGAGAGAAUUCACACAGGGGAGAAGCCAUAUUCAUGUACAAAAUGUGGGAAAUGUGUUAGAUAUAAAUCGCAUCUUGUUAUUCAUGAGAGAAGUCACACAGGAGAGAUGCCAUAUUUAUGUUCAGAAUGUGGAAAAUGCUUCAAGCAAAAAUCUGAGCUUCUUAUACAUGAAAGAAUUCAUACAGGAGAAAAACCGUAUUCAUGUUUAUUAUGUGAAAAAAGUUUUACAAGUAAACCAGAGCUUGUAAGACAUGAGAGAAUUCACACAGGAGAAAAGCCAUAUUCGUGUUCAGAAUGUGGAAAAUGUGUCAGAUAUAAAUCGCAUCUUGUUAUACAUAAGAGAAGUCACACAGGAGAAAAGCCAUAUUCAUGUUCAGAAUGUGGUAAAUGUUUUCCAAGUAAAUCACAGGUUGUUAGGCAUGAGCGAAAUCACACAGGAGAGAAGCCGUAUUCAUGCUCAGAAUGUGGUAAAUGUUUUAGAUAUAAAUCACAUCUUGUUACACAUAAGAGAAGUCACACAGGAGAGAAGCCAUAUUUAUGUUCAGAAUGUGGGAAGUGUUGUACAAGUAAAUCAGAUCUGGUUGUACAUGAAAGAAGUCACACAGGAGAGAAGCCAUAUGCAUGUUCAGAAUGUGGGAAAUGCUUUACAAGUAAAUCACAUCUUGUUAGACAUAAGAGAAGUCACACAGGGGAGAAGCCAUAUUCAUGUUUAGAAUGUGGUAAAUGUUUUACAAAUCAAUCGUAUCUUCAUACACAUGAGAAAUGUCACACAGGGUAGGGGAGUAUUCAUGUUCAGAAUGUGGGAAAUGUUUUAUUCGUAUAGGUAAACUAAAGAAUCAUCACAGAUUUCACUUAGCGGAGAAGCCAUUUUGAUGUGGGAAAUAACCAACAUUAAAAAGUCAAUAAAAGA